AUGGUCAGCUCCUGUUGUGGCUCUGUCUGCUCUGAGGAGAGCUGUGGCCAAGGCUGCUGCCAGCCCAGCUGCUGCCAACCCAGCUGCUGCCAAUCCAGCUGCUGCCAGAUCACCUGCUGCAGGCCCACCUGCUGCAGGCCCAGCUGCUGUGUGUCCAGCUGCUGCAGACCCAGCUGCUGUCAGUCUGUGUGCUGCCAGCCCACCUGUUGCCGCCCCAGCUGCUGCAUUUCUAGCUGCUGCAGGCCUUCCUGCUGCCGCCCCAGCUGCUGCCGCCCUAGCUGCUGCCAGACCACCUGCUGCAGGCCCUCUUGCUGCAUCUCAAGCUGCUGCCGCCCCUGCUGUGGCAGUUCCAGCUGUUGUGGGUCCACCUGCUGCCGCCCCAGCUGCUGCAUUUCCAGCUGCUGCAGGCCUUCCUGCUGCCAAACCACCUGCUGCUGCCCCACCUGCUGUGUGCCCAGCUGCUGCAGACCCCAGUGCUGCAUCUCCAGCUGCUGCCGCCCCACCUGUUGCCAGACCUCCUGCUGCCGCCCAGCAUGCUCUAGCUGUUCUUGCUGCUGA